GUGCUUUCAAAUACACCAAAGAAGAAGAAGACGAAGAAGAAGAAGCACUUUGAUCGGGACGAGCAGCACUACCGUGUCAGGGCAACAGCUUUUUCGCCUCAAAGAAAAUCGACCAGCGUCUCUGCUGUGCCCAUAGGGACCGCAUCUCAGGGACAUCGCCGCGAACGAACGGCCCGCAAGUUCGCGUCGAGAGAGUCAGCCGAGCAACCACCACGGCGGACGAACUCCACGGGCGGCCAGGAUACGCCGACGCACAACCUAGCUCCUCUGCCCGAGAAAAGGUCGCGCCCCCAGAGUCCAACCGAGAAGGCGCCGACGCGGCUGCCGCGAUGUCCGUCCAAAAGAGACGGCGACAUCGCGACGCCUCGGCGGUUGGCGGCGGCAAAGGUGUCGGGCAUGGAAGGCGGCGCGGCCGCCACAAGAGCCCUCGGGAGCAUCCCCUGCGCCAGCAGCACCAAAAGCAGAGCAGAAAGGCUGACGACCUGGUCGAGCUCACGACCACCAGCAGUGGCGGGGAGCGAGACCAGAGCAAGCUUCGCGCGUCCGUCUCCCGAAAGCGACAGCAUUCUCCUGCUCGUCCCACCGGGUGUGGCCAGGCCGUGGCUUCUCCACCGGGCGCCUGCUUGCCCACCUCCACGUCGUCGGAGCCCACGAAGACAUCGCACAUUUCUAAAGGCCAGGGACUGCCGGACGCCGAUCUCGUACACGCGAAACCAUCGGAAGCCAAAUUUGCCAGGCCCGAGACUCCGCUAGCGUCGCCACCUGUUGCCCAGCAUCUCGCCCAAUCCGCGCCAGGGCGCGGAUACGCCGAAUUCCAGCUUCCGAUAACAAAGCCCGUUGUCUCCUCGAGCGAGUUUCCAGUCGCAGCUGCGCAACGGGGAAUCGACAAACCGCUGCCAGGGGGCGCCGAUCCGACACCGGAGUGGGCCAAUCGAAUGGACGGUGUGCCCAGCGUCGGCAGGGAAUUCGUGGAGCUGGCGCAGCUGGACGCGCAGUCCACCGGCGGGAACGACGCCCAGCUGCCCGGCAUCGAGGCGCUCGACAGCGACGACUCGAAGGACACCUCGGCGUCUCGCACAGCCGCGCAGCAGCCGUACGCGCUGGUGAUCAGGACCGGGCACGCGGCCCGGAAAAAUGGACCGAGCGACACCAGCAGCGCCUUGGAAAAGCAGCAUCAGGAGUUGCCAUCUACGACGCUGCGCCGGUGGCGAAAGGCGCUGGCGGCGGCCAGAAUGGUGGUGUUUCUGCCCAACCGGCGAAGGCAGAUCCAGCAGCAACAGGAGGAAGCCCAUCGAGAGGAAGAGGAAAGGAAGAAGAAAGAAUCGAAGUCCAGCGCUCAACGCCGCACCCGGCUCGCGCUGUUAUUCGCGGCCGCCUUGGUGCUUCUCGCUCUGGUCAUCUGGCUCGGGGCCGACGACUCGGCGACCGGCGCCCCGUCGAUCCCGCUUUGCACAACCGAGGGCUGCCGAUGGCAUGGGUUCUGGCUCAACGUCGCCGCGGACCCGGCGGCCAAACCCUGCGAGGACUUCUUCGCCUACGCUUGCGGCAAAUGGAAGCGUUCGUUUGAGAUGCCGUUCGACCAGCACAUGCACCGGCUCGCAGCCACCGCCGUACAGAGGGAGUCGACCGGCAAGGAGUACGUGAGCACAGCCAACAGCUUUUACUUCACCUGCCUGAGUUCCGGACCGAGCAAGGUCAGCCACAAAGUGCGGCAGUUCCUGGCCUGGAAGAAGUCCCUGCGACUGCCGUGGCCCGGCAGGGCCACCUGGGAGAAACCGCCGCACCCGCUCGACGUGCUGCUCGAUCUGGCCAUCCGCUGGAACAUCAACGUGCUCUUCAAGGUACGUGUGUACGCAGCCACCAGCCCCAGCGCGAUCACUGUGCUGGCACUGUCUCUCGGUGAUAUGGACGCCACCUGGCAGCAUUUGCGCGAGGAGCUGAUGCGGCAGAACGUGUACGUAGACUACUUGGACGACCAGCUCAAGCUGCUCGGCGCACAGCAUUUCCUAGGACACGACCGCAGCUUUCGCGAGCUUUUCCACACCGAGGGACGACUGCUGCGAGUGCUCCUGGCGGGCGUCUCUGGCAUCCAGAUCGGCUUUAGGCUGUCUAAUUUAGAGAAGGUGACCCCGUCACUGCGGCCCUCCGACCUGUGGCUCCAGCUGCUGCACAAGCACCUGGCGGGCCACGUGCUGCUAACCCGCGAUGACUUCAUGGUGGCGCACAGCCUUCAGAUGCUCACGGAACUUGACACCUUGCUGAAGGACUACGCAGACAGGGCGGAGAAGCUGCUGGACGCCAUAGCGUGGAUCCUGGUGCAGAAGUACCUGUGGGCCAUGGCUGCAUCACCACGCACGGUGUUCGGCAAUCACAGCGCCGACGUCGGCGCCAUCGUUUCCGCACCCGAGGCCUGCCAGCAGCUGGUCGACUCGCGCCUCGGACUCCUGCUCGCGGCUCCGCAUGUGGUAGCGCGAUACACGAGCGAGGUUCGCGGCCAGAUAGAAGACAUGUUCACCACGCUCACAACAACGGCCAAGGAGAGCAUUGGUGGCCUCCGCUGGGCAGGCGACGGCGCCAAGGAGGAGGCCGUCCGCAAGCUGGACUCGAUGAAGCACGACGUCUUCCCCACGGACGACUUCUUCGACGAGCGAAAACGGCGCUCGCUGUACGAAGCGUUCGCUCCCAAGAACCCAGAGUCGAGCUUCAUCGUGCGCUUCCUCGAGGCCAGCGCCGUCCUGCGCGGCUUCCUGGCGACCGACGCCUACGAGGACGUUUACCGGCGGCGGAUGGGCGAAGGAGGCGGGCCGCUGUUGUUCUACGAGUACCACAGGAACAUCUUGCGCGUGUCGUUGGACGCACUCGAACGCCCGAUGUUCACCGUAGACGGCACGGACGCUAUGAACUACGGCGGCCUCGGGUCUUACGUUGCCCGCGUGUUGGCCCGCUCAUUCGAUCCCAUCGGCAGCACGGUCGAUUCGACGAGCACUGACCGGCUCUGGUGGGGUCCCAAGGUGUCAAGCGGGUACUUGAGGAAAAUGUCGUGCAUGAACAAUUGGACGCGACAAGGCGCCCUCGACGGCACGACACCCUCGAGCAACCGUCCGGUGUUCAGCCUGUUCCCGCACGUGCCCGCUGUGGAGAUGGCCUACCGCGCGUACAAGCACGCCUCGGAGAAGAACAAGACGGUGGACGCGCUGGAGUUGGCCUUGCUCGGACAGCUGUCGGGCGACCAGGUCUUCUUCCUGACCUACUGUCACGUGCUAUGCGCAGCCCAGGAGGCAGCAGGCGACGCCGCGCACGCCUGCAACGUGCCACUAGCGAACUUCGCGGCGUUCGCGAACGCGUUCCACUGUCCGGUUGGCUCGCGCAUGAACCCGAAGGUCAAGUGCACCUUCUUCGAGGACGACAGUUGACGGUUUUCGACCGCGCCUCCUAGCCACACUGCGGCACGCUAACGGCCCACGUGAUCCUCAUCGUGUCGGCUGCAACUUUUGCCGUUCCCUUACGAGGACACUCAAAUGGCAUGUCGUGUUGUUGCGCAAAAUGUGGCGCCUUUUUUAGUUACUGCGCCCCUGCGUAUUAUGCGGAAGCUCGCGUGACGAGCCAUCGUACGAUGUAUCAAAACUUGCUGAUUUACUGCGAGUUCCUUGUAGUUUAUUAUCCUUAUUUUGUUGCGUUCAACACUUCACCUGGUGCCACUGACUGACAAGCUCCGUCUUGCCUUCUUUAGUCCGACAGCAUUGUGUGAGAGAUUCCCAGAUGUGUUAGUCUAAUUCCUGUAACCGACGCGCUAUUUGCGUCUCAUCACUCACUUUUUCUUUGUUUCACAACGAAAUAUUAUCGUUUCUAUAAAGCAUAGAUCAAACGACA